AUGUCCUUAAAGCCGCGGGUGGUGGACUUUGACGAGACAUGGAACAAGUUACUGACGACAAUCAAGGCUGUUGUGAUGCUGGACUAUGUGGAAAGAGCCACGUGGAAUGACAGAUUCUCCGACAUUUAUGCCUUAUGUGUUGCAUACCCAGAACCUCUGGGGGAAAGAUUAUACACAGAGACCAAAAUUUUUCUUGAAAAUCAUGUCCGGCAGUUAUACAAGAAAGUUCUGGAGUCUGAGGAGAAAGUUUUAGUGAUGUACCACAGAUACUGGGAGGAGUACAGCAAAGGAGCUGAUUACAUGGACUGCUUGUACAGGUAUCUCAACACACAGUUUAUCAAGAAGAACAAACUGACAGAAGCAGACCUGCAGUAUGGCUACGGGGGCGUGGACAUGAACGAGCCACUCAUGGAGAUCGGAGAGCUGGCUCUAGACAUGUGGAGGAAGUUGAUGAUCGAACCUCUUCAGGCCGUCCUGAUCCGGAUGUUGCUAAAUGAAAUCAAAAACGAUCGCUGUGGCGAGAACCCCAACCAGAAGGUGAUCCACGGCGUUAUCAACUCCUUUGUUCAUGUUGAACAGUACAAGAAGAAGUUUCCGCUAAAGUUUUAUCAGGAAAUCUUUGAAGGGCCUUUUCUGAUGAAAACCGGGGAAUAUUACAAGCAGGAAGCCUCCAACCUAAUGCAGGAAUCCAACUGCUCGCAGUACAUGGAGAAGGUCUUGGCGCGGUUGAAAGACGAAGAGGUUCGGUGUCGGAAGUACCUACACCCCAGCUCCUAUGCCAAAGUCAUUCAUGAAUGCCAGCAGAGGAUGGUGGCUGAUCAUCUCCAGUUCCUGCACGGAGAGUGCCAGAACAUAAUCCGGCAGGAAAAGAGGGAAGACAUGGCGAACAUGUACACCCUGCUGAGGGCUGUCUCCAACGGGUUGCCUCACAUGAUCCAGGAGCUGCAGGUUCACAUCCACAACGAGGGCAUCAGAGGCACCAGUAACCUCUCUCAGGAAAACAUGCCAACCCUGUUCGUAGAGUCAGUUCUGGAGGUCCACAGUAAAUUUGUUCAGCUCAUCAACACAGUCCUGAAUGGAGAUCAGCACUUCAUGAGUGCCCUCGAUAAGGCUUUGACAUCGGUCGUAAACUUCAGAGAGCCUAAAUCCAUCUGCAAAGCUCCGGAACUUCUGGCAAAAUACUGUGACAACCUGCUUAAAAAGUCUGCAAAGGGAAUGACGGAAAACGAAGUGGAAGACAAGCUGACCAGCUUCAUCACAGUCUUCAAGUACAUAGAUGACAAAGACAUCUUUCAAAAGUUUUACGCCAGAAUGUUAGCAAAGAGGUUAAUACACGGCUUAUCGUUGUCGAUGGAUUCAGAAGAAGCCAUGAUCAACAAAUUAAAGCAAGCCUGUGGCUACGAGUUCACCAGCAAACUCCACCGAAUGUACACCGACAUGAGCGUCAGCGCUGACCUCAACAACAAAUUCAACAAUUUCAUCAAGACUCAGGAGACGGUGGUGGACCUGGGAAUCAGCUUCCAGAUCUACGUAUUACAAGCCGGAGCUUGGCCCCUCACGCACGUCCCCUCCUCCACAUUCGCUAUCCCCCAAGAGCUAGAAAAGAGCGUGCAGAUGUUCGAGUUGUUCUAUAAUCAGCACUUCAGCGGGCGGAAGUUGACUUGGCUGCACUACCUCUGUACAGGUGAAGUGAAGAUGAACUACUUGUCCAAGCCCUACGUUGCCAUGGUAACCACCUAUCAGAUGGCUGUGCUGCUGGCCUUUAACAACAGUCAGACGGUGACCUACAAGGAGCUGCAGGACGGCACCCAGAUGAACGAGAAGGAGCUGCAGAAGACCAUCAAGUCCCUGCUGGAUGUCAAAAUGCUAAACCACGAUUCAGAAAAGGAGGACAUAGAAACAGAGUCUACGUUUUCGUUAAAUAUGAGUUUCACCAGUAAAAGAACAAAGUUUAAGAUCACAACAUCCAUGCAGAAAGACACACCGCAGGAAAUGGAGCAGACGAGGAGUGCCGUAGACGAAGACCGUAAAAUGUAUUUACAAGCUGCUAUAGUGAGGAUCAUGAAAGCUCGCAAGGUCCUCCGGCACAACGCCCUCAUCCAGGAGGUCAUCAAUCAGUCCAAAGCCAGGUUUAACCCCAGUAUCAGCAUGAUCAAGAAGUGCAUUGAGGUGCUCAUCGACAAGCAGUACAUCGAGCGAAGCCAGACCUCGGCAGACGAGUACAGCUACGUGGCAUAGGAGGAGCCGCUCAGUGAACUCCUGCAUACAGACUCUCAGCCGUUUUGAUUGAUGGACAAACAAGACGUUGAAAACAACAAAACCUGAUAAUCGUGGAGCGUCUCCAUCACGACCGAAGCAGGACUGGUGCCUCCCAUCUGUGGAACAAAAAGAGAACUUCACUUCAGAUUAAGCCGGCUUACACUUACUACUCCUCCAAACGACUCCCACUUUCUGAUUUUUAAGCUGUUUACAACGUCACCAGUGCCACGCAGCUGUGCGUCAGUGGACGUCAAAGAAAAUGCCUGUAGCUGUGGGGGAAAAGAGCUGAAAACACUUGUCCAGAGUAAACAAAAAGUAAAAAAAAAAAGAGAAAAUUAACAAAUUAGUUGACAUCAAUUAUGCAUUGGUGGCUACACAUAAAAACCAUGCUUUCUUUUCUCACGUUUGCAGUUGUUGUGAGUUAUUUUCUUUACAUGUACUGAAGUUAGGAAAAAUAUUGUAAUAAAUCUGGUAUACUGACUAUUGUAUCUUUCAAAUAUAAAAAAGAGGUGACAAACAUGACCUUGCUGCUUGUCAAUUAAAUAAAUAAAAACACUGAAGACUUUUAUCUA